AUGUGCUACAGUACAUUGACAAUCGAGAUGAUUUCACAAAGGUUGUGUAUAGACUGUGGCACCAACUCUUUAUUCCUCUUGUCAAAUGUGGUGUUCCAGUCUAUGUAUCGUGUAAAACACCAACACUCUACUCUCAAAGACGAGAUACAAACGAUGAGACCAGGAGCUGGUACACCUGAUCACCUAGUCAUCAGAUGGAUCAUACUCGAUCCUCAAUGUGAUCAUAUUCAACAAUUGUCACAACGUUUAAAUGGUCAAACUUUAGAUAAACAUUCUUGUCAACUUUUAAAAGAUUGGACAGCAGGAAUUCCUGUAUUAGUAAAUUAUGCUUUAGAGUAUACACGAUCAUCAUCAAAGGAGAUUAGUUUAAAAGGUUUUAGAAAUUUUAUGAUUAAAGAAUAUCAAUGUGUAGAAUUAACUCCUUUUGAUUCAUUUCAAGAUGAUAAUAUGAAAGAUAUGUAUCUUGAACUUUUUAGAAUCUCUAUUCUCAGAGUUCCAUUGAAUCUUGCAUCAGAUAGGGAGAUCGAUCCAGAGUAUUGGUGUAUUCCAUCUGAAAAGGGGCGUACCAAGAAAUACAAACUUGUAGAUCUCAUUGAAACAUAUCAUGUUUCUUUGAUAUAUUAUGGUCGUUACGAAUGUGUAUGUAAAUAUAAAUACCAAACAAAAGGACAGUUACUCAAAGAACAACAGAUAUUUCCUCAAACUGGUAUCCGAUUGAAAGAUGCUUUACGUGAUUGUUUACGUGAUAAAUUAACUGCACUCUAUGAUGGAUACAAGAAUAUCUUACUUGGGUGUUCAAGUAUGGCAGAUGGAUGUUUUCCAACCUUUCAAUUCAAUGGUCAUAAAUGUGAUAAUAACAAGUUUAUUGUUGAAAAUCAUCAAUGGUUUGGUGAUUGGGAUCAUCCUAUUUGUGAUGGCUCACUCUUUGAAAAGUUAUUAAUAUUAAUAUUAUUUAUAGGUAUUGCAUUUACUUUUGUGAAUAGAUCCUGGGGUCUAGGCUAUGACACAAAAAUACAAAAAGCUAUCAAUCAACUUUUCGCACACAGCAAUAAUAAUAAUAAUAAUAAUAAUAAUACUAAUUUAUCAAUUGAUACUAUGGUAUUAGUUGUUAUAGCAAUGAAUAUUUCUGAUUCAUUAAACGAUGGAAACCCAAUCAUUUAUAAUGAUUAA